AUGCCCAAUGGUCCUGGCCGGCAGUCCUGCCUGAUUGUCAUCUGUGCCCCUAUCCCUGGCCAGGAGGCUGCACAGAAGGCUGGCCUGGCCCUCAAGAGUGGAGAAGGAGCUGGCUUCUUCAGAAGCUAUAAUAGCUCCCAGGACUUCAGGCUGAGGCAUCUCAGGGAGCAUCUUGAUGGCUGGGCUGACAGGUAUGAUGUGACAGAGGGAUACCAACGUGAAGCUGUUGGUGGAAUCACAAUCAAGCUCCAAUCUCCCGAUGUAAAGUGGUUUGAUGAUUAUUACCUGAAACUCCGACCAGAAACCAACCUGCGAAACCCUUGGUUCCAAGAAUUUUGGCAGCAUCGCUUCCAGUGUCGGCUGAAAGGGUUUUCACAGGAGAAUAGCAAAUACAAUACCACUUGCAAUAGUUCCCUGACCCUGACUACACAGUAUGUCCAAGAUUCCAAAAUGGGAUUUGUAAUCAAUGCAAUAUAUUCCAUGGCGUAUGGUCUUCACAACAUGCAGACAGCACUCUGCCCAGGGUAUGCUGGGCUCUGCGAUGCUAUGAAACCAAUUGAUGGACGAAAACUUCUCGACUCUCUGAUGAAAACAAACUUCACUGGGGUUUCUGGAGAUACAAUCCUCUUUGAUGAGAAUGGAGACUCUCCAGGAAGGUAUGAAAUCAUGAAUUUCAAGGAAAUGGGCAACAACUAUUUCGAUUACAUCAAUGUGGGCAGCUGGGACAAUGGUGAAUUGAAAAUGGAUGAUGAUGAAGUAUGGCCCAAGAAGAGUGCCAUCAUUAGAUCAGUGUGCAGUGACCCAUGUGAGAAAGGACAGAUCAAGGUGAUUCGAAAGGGAGAAGUCAGCUGCUGUUGGACCUGUACUCCAUGCAAAGAGAAUGAGUUUGUUUUUGACGAAUACACAUGCAAGGCAUGCCAGCUUGGCUCUUGGCCCACUGAAGAUCUUACAGGUUGUGAUCUGAUCCCAGUCCAGUAUCUGAGAUGGGGUGAUCCAGAGCCAAUUGCAGCUGUGGUGUUUUCCUGCCUGGGACUGCUGGCAACCCUGUUUGUCACAGCAAUCUUCAUCAUGUACCGCGACACUCCAGUUGUCAAAUCCUCUAGCCGGGAACUCUGCUAUAUUAUUCUGGCCGGCAUCUGCUUGGGUUACUUGUGUACCUUCUGUCUCAUCGCGAAGCCUAAGCAGAUUUAUUGCUACCUGCAGAGAAUAGGCAUUGGCCUCUCUCCAGCCAUGAGUUACUCUGCACUGGUCACCAAAACCAAUCGCAUCGCCAGAAUUCUGGCUGGUAGCAAGAAGAAGAUCUGUACCAAGAAGCCAAGGUUCAUGAGUGCCUGUGCCCAGCUGGUCAUUGCAUUCAUCUUAAUUUGCAUCCAGCUUGGCAUAAUUGUUGCCCUUUUCAUAAUGGAGCCUCCUGACAUAAUGCAUGACUACCCAAGUAUUCGGGAAGUCUACUUGAUCUGCAAUACCACCAACCUGGGCGUCGUAACUCCCCUUGGCUAUAAUGGAUUAUUAAUUUUAAGCUGUACCUUUUAUGCAUUCAAGACCAGAAAUGUUCCAGCUAAUUUCAAUGAGGCCAAGUACAUUGCUUUCACAAUGUACACCACUUGCAUCAUAUGGCUGGCUUUUGUGCCCAUCUAUUUUGGAAGCAACUACAAAAUCAUCACCAUGUGUUUCUCGGUUAGCCUCAGUGCCACUGUGGCCCUGGGCUGCAUGUUUGUGCCGAAGGUGUACAUCAUUCUGGCCAAGCCAGAGAGAAAUGUGAGAAGCGCCUUCACAACAUCUACAGUGGUGCGGAUGCAUGUAGGAGAUGGGAAGUCAUCCUCAGCUGCCAGCCGGUCAAGCAGCCUGGUCAACCUGUGGAAAAGGAGGGGCUCAUCUGGAGAGACCCUGAGCUCUAAUGGUAAGUCGGUCACAUGGGCUCAGAACGAGAAGAGCAGCCGUGGGCAGCACCUCUGGCAGAGAUUGUCCGUCCACAUCAACAAAAAAGAGAACCCCAACCAAACAGCUGUCAUCAAGCCCUUCUCCAAAAGCACAGACAGCAGAUUGGGCAGUACCACAUUCCCAGAGUCUAGCACCAAGAUGCUGUAUGAUGUUUCAGAAGUAGAAGAACACUACCCCGCCCAGUAUAGGCCACAGACUCCUUCUCCAGUCAGCACGGUGAGCCAGCGAGCAGGGUCUGUGAGUCGCACAGACGAUGACAUCCCAUCCUUACACUCAGAACACGCCCAGCGGAGCAGCUCCUCCCAGGGUUCCCUGAUGGAGCAGAUCAGCAGCGUGGUGACCCGCUUCACAGCCAACAUCAGUGAGUUGAACUCCAUGAUGUUGUCAACAGCUUCCCCAGGCACUAUGGUGGCCGCCCCUCUUUGCUCUUCCUACCUGAUCCCUAAAGAGAUGCAGCUUCCUACAACCAUGACCACUUUCGCUGAAAUACAACCUCUCCCUUCCAUUGAGGUAAAUGGUGGGGCACAGUCAUCUAGUAAAACCCCUCCAGGAGGAGGUGCUGGAAAAGAGAAUGCACCUGAGACAUCAGCUGUAGUCAAGCAAGAUCUGGAGGAAUUGGUGGCUUUAACUCCUCCUUCCCCUUUUAGAGACUCAGUGGAUUCGGGGAGCACUUCUCCUAACUCCCCAGUGUCCGAAUCAGCUCUCUGUAUCCCAUCAUCUCCAAAAUAUGACACACUUAUCAUAAGAGAUUACACUCAGAGCUCUUCUUCUUUGUGAAUGUAAUUUGAGACCACACUGGAUCCUGAUGAUGAUGAUCAGGCAGAGACAGAAGCAAGCCUUCAAAAUCUCUAGUGUUUGCACAGAGGCAGUGACAGGCAUUGGUCACCUGAUUAAGAACUGAGGUGGAAGGCAGACAUUAUAUCAGUAAUGGAAACAUCAGAUUUUUGUGCUAUUAAAAAAAAUCUAGUGGCAGAUUUUCUUCCAGUGGCCUUAGAAAACAUGGGCUUUUAAGAAACACUGCUUCUACUUCUGAAGGCUGAUAAAGAGUCUAUUAUAAUAGUUACAUACCAAGUGCUUUGCUUUAGGGUAGCAAUGAACUCUGUGUAUAGUAUGUGAAAAAGAAUAGAUUGUA